CAAUCUUUAUUACCCAUUGGUGUCUUGGUUUAUUGUAUUCCUGACCUUCUAAUGACAUGAAAUAUUAAAAACCCGGACCCAGCUUUAUUGACUUGUUAUCAGCUGGACGAAGGCUUUGUUAACCGCACCACGUGCUACGCUCGUGUUUGCCAUGACUUACGCAAUACUUUUUGGCGCCAAUCUGUUUUAAAUUUGAUUAUUCAUAACAGUCUCUUUGUUCUUUUAACCAAUCACCAUCACUGUUUUGCUAUUGAACCUGAAAAGGCGCGCUUUCGCUGCUUCAUUCAUUGUUUUGUGUUUUGAAUCGCACGCUAGCGAGGAAAGAAGGAAAGAAGUCGAUCUUACUCUUCUUAUAUUUUUCACCAUGCCCCCUGUUCCUGUUGUCAAUUCUGAUAUUGGGGAGAAGCUUGCCAACGAAUCGACGUCGAGCGAGAGCUUAGACCAGUCGAAUUCCCUCGAUAAGACAAGAGAGCCUUUCUUGGAAGAAGAGAAAGGCGAACAGAGAGUCGUACUGAAGAAGAAUGUCUCGCUUAUCAAUGGCGUGGGCCUUAUUGUAGGCACGGUGAUCGGUUCUGGUAUUUUUGUUUCGCCGACAAGUAUCCUUGAGGAAACAAAUUCGAUCGGAGCUGCUCUCUUGAUCUGGCUCGGAUGUGGUUUGAUCGCGUUGUUCGGAAGCUUGUGCUACGCCGAGUUGGGAACUUGUAUAAAGAAAUCUGGCGGUGAAUAUUCCUAUCUUAUGGAGGCAUUUGGAAAAAUCCCUGCUUACUUGUUCGCCUGGACCUCUGUGUUAAUCAUACGGCCGGCAUCGGGAGCCAUAAUCGCUCUAACCUUCGCUGAAUACGUCUCGAAGCCAUUCUAUCCAGAUUGCGAACCCCCGGCGUACCUUAUGAAGCUUUUGGCGUGUUCUUGUCUUGUGAUCCUCUUGGUUAUAAACUGCUGGAGUGUAAAGUGGGCUGUAAGAAUUCAAGACAUCUUCACAUAUGCCAAGCUUCUUUGUAUCAUAAUGAUCACUGUCAUUGGUUUUGUGGAACUAGGAAAAGGAAAGACAGAGAGCUUUAAAAACAGCUUUGAAGGCUCCACUUCAAAUAUUGGAAAGAUUGGUAUGGCUUUCUACUUGGGUCUGUGGGCAUACGAUGGAUGGAACAAUCUCAACUACUGUACAGAGGAAAUGAAACACCCAGAAAAGGAUAUGCCGAGGGCAAUAAUCAUUGGUAUCUCCCUCACCACUGUGUGUUACCUGUUGGUCAAUGUGGCAUAUAUUACAGUUUUGGGAGCAUCUGGUAUCCUAGCGUCAAGUGCAGUGGCAGUGAGUAUUGGGGACAGGUACCUUGGUCCAGUAAGUUGGAUAAUUCCUGUCUUUGUUGCAUGCUCAACCUUUGGAGCAGUAAAUGGGCUUCUUUUUACUAGUGGAAGGCUGGUAUUUGUAGCAGCACGAGAUGGACUGAUGCCUCCUCUUUUGGCCAUGAUUCAUGUUAAAAGAUUUACCCCUCUCCCAUCUCUGUUUUUCACGACCCUCAUCUCAGUGAUCAUGCUGAUUCCAGAAGCUAGUAGUUUCACAAGUUUGGUGGAUUUCUUCAGCUUUGCUGCCUGGUUAUUUUAUGGAGGAACAUUUGCUGCUCUCCUCUGGUUGCGAUACAAGAGACCAGACCUGAACAGGCCCUACAAGAUUUUUACACUUGUACCCAUUUUAAUGCUGCUGGCCUCUGUGUACCUGGUAGUUGCUCCAAUCACAACUGAUCCUUGGGGAUCGCUCAUUGCUCUGGCAGUCGUUGUGGCUGGUCUCCCCUUCUAUGUGCUGUUUAUUGGCACUGAUUAUGCACCAAAAUUUAUCCUCAAUUCUGCAGAGUCAUUCACAGCUUGGUGCCAGCGAGUGGGAAACUUGGCCUUUGAGGAUCCAGACACUCUUCCAGUUGAAGUUUGAUUUGUAAUUUCAUUCAGUAAUUAUUGUUCUUUCUUUGGCAUUGCUGAAAUGCAGGUUAGCAAGUAAAAAUGAGGUGAAAGGUUUUGUUCAAUCUACAGUGCAGUGAUUACUUGGCAAUUCACAGAAAACCUGAUGGCUUUAUGGUUUGUGGGCUCAUCUUCAGAGUGAAGGGUUUGAGUACUGCUUGGGUCAUUGUAGUUUGUUGUCAGAAAUGCCUAACCAAAUCUCAACAGAACUCAAACCUGUUCAUCCCCUGAGGAACAAAAGGCAACAAUCCUUGUACUGUGACCUUGUGGUCUUGCAUGGAUGUCUUGAGGAUCCUGUCAGCUAUGCUGGCACAGUUCUUGCCCUCUGGCAGAUUUAGUCUAGCUGCACAGGUCCCAGGUGACUUGACAGACUAAUACGGCCCCAAUUCUUCUCAGGCUAAGAGUUAAGCAUGUUGUUAACUACUCAAUCUCUCAAAAACUAUCCAUUUACAGAGACAAAUGUGGCCAAAUAAUGGUGGGAACUUGCCUUAUACACUAUUCCAUUACGUCUCCCUGCCCACUUACUCAAGCUUAAGACUUGCCAUUCAGCAAUGCCAUUCCUUAUUUUCAUAACCAUUCCUCCAACUGUUUAUAGAAAUAGGCAAAUGUAAUUAACCACAAUGAUUAUAGUCAACAUUCGAUUAUGACUCACAAAGAUGAUUUAAUUUAUACAGCAGAAAGUUGGCCUCAUUGUGAUAGCUACCGAUACAUGUGUUACAGUAUUGAAUAGAGUACCCGUUAUAAGAUUUGGAAUUUCGCAAGUAACAUUUUGACAUACAUAUUCACAAGAAGUGUCCCUCAGAGAGAAUUCUCCAGCUAUUUUUUUAUUUAAUCAUGGAACAAUAGCACAUUUUCCUGUUACUAAAAACUAUUCUCCAGCUGCUACACUUCCUAUCCUUUUCAACUUAACAUCGGUACACAUCAGAAGUUCUGACAAGGAGAAAUCGUUUCACAAUUGAUUUCUUUAGUUACUUAUCAUUUCCUUUACUCUCGUUACCUUAAAUGUGUAAUUCAGGAGUGAUAUUAUAUGGAGAAAUUAAAUGCCUGCAAUCGUUCUAACUGAUCUGCUCAAAGUGUCCAGUAAAGAACUGUGGAAGAUAAUUUUGAAAACACAACUGCUCUUCUACCCGUUACAGAUAGUGUCCAAAAGUUGAACUUUUGUUGAAAAAAGUGUUAAUCUCUCUGAGAAAUCUGAGAAACCUAAGGGUUGAAGAACUACCUCGUUGAAGAAAAGCCUCGUUGAUCCCCAGCUGCUCCUCUACCUGUUAAAGAUAAUGUUAAAUGGUUGAUCAUUUAUUUAAAAAAAAAUUUGUUAUAUCUAAGAAAUCUAAGGGCUAGAGAACUGUGGAGGAUAAUUAUGUAAAGCCUCAUUGAUCCAAAACUGCUCUUCUCGCCGUUUACAGUUAGUGUUUCAAGGUUGAAAUUUCA